CGCGGGGAAAGGUGUCAUCAUCCAUACCGGCGGGCGAGUGGCUUGGUCACGGGGUCGCACGCGUCCUAAGGUCUUCCCGCAUCAUCCCAGAGCGACAACUUCGGACGUUGUUUUCGGUUUCUUUUGUUGAAUACAACGUGUCCCUGUUUUAUGUUUUAUCUGACGUCGGUUGCUUGAAACAUUCGUUCAACAUGUCUGGCUACUAUGGUGGUCCGCCGCCGCCGCCGCCGGGCCAGCAGGGAUACAACCAACCGCCUCCCGGUUAUGGCCAAGAGCAGUAUGGCCAGCAGCCUCCAUAUGAGCAGUACGGCCAGUAUCCGCAGAAUCCGGGUGCUCAGGGAUAUUAUGGUCAGCAGCAGCAGCAGCAGCAGCAGCCGCCGCCGCCGCAGCCGUACGGCGCCCAUCCUCCCCCGCAACAGCCCGGCUACGACAACCGUGGCCAAAUGUACAACGCGUAUCCUCAGCAGGGAGGAGAAAAUACGUCCUAUUACAGCCAGCCGUAUCCUGGAGGACAACAGGCGCCGUACGGUGGUGGCCCGCCUGGUCCUCCCGGCCCUACCGGUGGUCCCGAAGGUGAGAAGGGGUUAGGUUCCACGCUUCUCGGGGGUGCAGCCGGUGGGUUCGCCGGCCACAAGCUGGGUGGCGGAACACUGGGGGCUCUGGGCGGCGCAGUUUUGGGUGCUGCUGGUGCGAAUCUCGUUGGGCAUGCGGCCAAGAAGCACAAAAAGAAGAAGAAGGACAAGCAUAAGCACAAGCACAAGCAUAAGCGAGGAGGGAGCAGCUCUAGUAGCUCAAGCAGCUCAAGCAGCUCGAGCAGUGACAGUGACUAGACUAACUGGUCUAGUUUAUGGUUAUUGUCCUUUGUGGUUUGUUGCCCUCUCUUUGGCUUGGUCUCAUUAUUAUUAACAACCGAUUCCGGUUUGUCUGUAUAUGGAUGUACAUAUGAACUUCUUCGUCCCUGUACCUACAUUCCGCUCAAUGUAUCAUGAUUCUCGAACA